CUUUUUAAACCGUAAUGGCUUUCUUGAACCAUAUUAUGGUUGUUUUAACCCUUUUUGUUGUCGCGAUACUUCCGACCACCACCAUAGCAACGGAGUAUACAGUCGGAGAUGACAGUGGUUGGACCGUUCAAUAUGAUUAUCAAGCUUGGGCCAAAAAUAAAGAUUUUAAAGUUGGUGACACGUUAGUGUUUAAUUAUCCGAAAGGGAUACAUAACGUGUUCAAAGUGAAUGGAAGUUCGUAUGCUGAUUGCAUUAUUCCACCGCCAGAUCAAGCUUACACCUCUGGGCACGACGUUAUAGCACUCCCGGUCGCAGGCAAAGCGUGGUUUAUUUGUGGUGUGGGAGUACAUUGUUCUGCAUUGAACCAAAAGCUAGCCAUAAAUGUUAAAGUGUGAUUGCAAGUUACCAAGCAAGGGAAAUUAUUGUUCAUAUUGAUUUAACGUGAGAGUUACCAUGGUUAAUAAUAUUGAUUUUUUGUA